CGUUUCUGCCGACUAAUUUUCUUUUGAUUCGACGAUUUAGAUCUUUUCUUCGCUUUCGUUGUUUCGAUUUUCGUUUCUUUUCUUGUUCGAUUUCGCGCCGUUUGAGGAUUCCGGUGCUGUUCUAUCUGUAGCUGCUAACAAUUCGUAGAUCUAACUCGUAGGUUGUUUUUGGGUGAUUAUGGAAGCGAAUCGCUUCUUGAAAGUUUUUUUCUCUCUUGCGGAGAGUGUUGUGAUGGAUCUAGAGGUUGACCCAGGAAGCUGGUUGGGAGAUUUGACUAUUUUUAUAUUACGUUUGCAUAAAAAUGGAGAUCUGACCAGUCCGGUUACUAUUCUUGAUUAUGUUUAACACCACAAUUUGAUCAUAGUGGAUUGGAUCUGCACAACAUGACUACAUAAGUUAUUACGGAUCAGGAGCUCGUAAAUACCUUAGUUUACAAAAAAUGAGCCGCCCACAGGAACCACACAGGCCGUUGUUCCCCUUUGGGAAUCCCUUCCGUAUGAUAUCUCCCAAAGGUUUAAAUUUGCCCUCAAAACUUGUUGCAAUAUUGAAUGCUUUUGAGAGAAGCCUGGCAGAAAGACUAAGAAAGCUCCAUCCAGAUGGUAAGGAUGACAUCCUUAGUCUUUCAUGGAUGAAAUUAGCAAUGGAGUUGCUUUGUGAAACUCACAGCGAUGUCAAAACUCUUAUCAAAGAGUUAGAUCUCCCUGUGCCUGAUUGGAAUGAGAAGUGGAUAGAUGUCUAUUUGGACAUCAGUGUGAAAUUGCUUGAUGUCUGUAAUGCUGUUAGCUCAGAGCUUUCACACUUGAACCAAUGCAACCUCAUGCUCCGAUGCAUCACGCAUAACUUGGAUUCCGCUGAGUCGAAGCGACUCAUGCGAGCCCGUACUUCCUUAGAUGAAUGGAGACAGAACAUCAGCACGACAAAUUCUAGAAUUAAGAAUUGUUGUGUCAUCUUAGACAGCCUGAUAGAAUCACUUGAUCUUCCAAAAGUCAAGAACUCAGCCAAAGGUAAGGUUCUGAUGCGUGCUUUGUACGGGGUGAAGGUACAGACUGUUUUUGUGUGCAGUGUCUUUGCUUCAGCCUUCUUGGGUUCCCCAAAACUCUUUGAUCUGAACAUCGCUGAUACCUAUUCAUGGGGACAGACUUUCUCCUACUUGCAAACAAAUGUAAAUAGUGAAAUUAGAAGUAUAUACACUAAUGGAAAAUUUACCCCUCUGAAGGAGCUCGAAGCUAUUGACCAAUGUGUAGGACAUCUCCAUCAACUGAUCCCAGAGAACCCAGAAGCUGCAGAAGUCAAACCGCUGAAGAACACCAUAUCAGAGUUGGGAGCAAAGGCAGAGAAACUUUCAGAAGGUCUGCAUUUACUGACAAAGGAAGUAGACAGCUUUUUCCAGAUUGUUUUGGCAGGACGCGAUGCUUUGUUGUCAAACUUAAGGGGCUGUUGAACCAUAUGGAGCAGAUCCAAGGAGGAUUAUGGUGGGAGCUAAACUUAAACCUGUGUACAGGGAUGGGUUGGUGUCUCUUCUUGUGUUUCAACUAAAAUAUGUAUACUAACCAUAGUAGUGUAGGAUAGUGUAGUGUAGUCUUUAGUUUUAUGCUAAUGGUUUUGAGUAUUAUUACUAAUUAAUGGGUGUGUAAGAUGUAAGGUUGAAACUCUGAAAUGGGAAUGUGAAAAUGGGCUUUCUGUUUAUUCUGUUU